AUGGCCAUUGAGAUCACAAAUGUUGAUGAUGCAUGUUUAUGGGGACCAACUGUAGAGAAGAUUUUCAUCGAUAUCAUGGUUGAUGAAGUGAAUAAAGGAAAUAUGGCAAGUGGUCAAUUUGGCUCAAAAACAUGGGCGAAAAUUCUUGAGGAGUUGCAAAUUAAAAGUAAGCGGAAAUACUUAAUUAAACAAAUUAAGCAAAAGUUCAAUAGGUUGCGCACUAAGUAUCGCGAGUUUGCUGAGUUGUUGAAACAAACUGGAUUUGGUUGGGAUCGUGAAACCAAUACUGUGGUUACUUCUGAGGAAAUAUGGCAGAAUUAUCUAAGGGCACACCCAAAGGCAACACAAUAUCGCAAGAAAGGAUGUGAUCAUUUUGUAUUGUUGGAACUAAUUUUUAGUAAGUCAACUGCCACUGGUCAGUUCCAUCGUUCUGCUGCUUCAGGUCUGCCCAACACUGAUGAUGAAAAGGAAAUGGAGAAUGAAUUUGAUCGCAUAGACGUCCAUGAUAUUGAUGAGAAUGAUUCUACUAGUUGCUCUCGGCUUGUUGAUGAUGUUUUUAAACGUUCAACAAAAAAUUCAACAACUACAAGUACAGAGCGAAGAGCUAAGAGACAAAAAUCACAACAAAUGAGUGAUGCAAUUGUUGCAUGGACUGAGGUAGCUAAAGUAAGAGCAGAGGCCACUUUAGCUAAAGCUGAAAAAUACAAGAGUACAACCGAAGGAGGAGGAAGCCAAAAUCAUGAGUUUUCUCUCACAAAUUGUAUGCAAAUCCUCGAAGGAAUGGAAGAAGUCAGUGAUGAUGCCUACAUGAAAGCUGUUGAGAAAUUUAAGGAUCCAUAUUGGAGAGAGAUUUUUAUUAAUAUGUCUACUAUUAGAAAGAGAGCUUGGUUAGAUAGGCUUUGA